GCUUGUUUUAAGGUUAUAUAAUAUCUUUUGAAAUGAAAUGUUAGCCCUCUGGGAAAUCCAACGCUCGCGCAUUGUCGGCUCUAUUACACGUACGCACGAGAAAUGCGUCCUUCGAAACUGGUCUUAUUGAUAGGUAUGGUGGUUGCAAUUAACGCAGUCACCCUUCAAGACCUCAAAAGUGCUCUUCAUACUCCUCAGAAAGUUUGGAUUCGUUACCGGAGUUUUGAAAGGCACACUUCUGGGCAUAAGCACACCUGCAUAUAUAAUGAAAUACGUAGCCUGCGACCGAUGUCUUAUUUAAUUAUCCAGCAUUAUGAGGUUGAUUGGCGAUGGAGAAGCCAGGAAGCCCACGCAUUGCUGUAUGAAAGACGACCUGGACCCAUAAUGCGACUCAGCCAGAAGCAAGGAACGCGUGGCAUUGAAUACACCUUGCUCUUUUGGCACCCGGUGGAACACUGUGCAGUUUUCCAUCGGCCAUAUGAAGGGAAGAAUGAAUGCGAGAUGUGGGUGUGGGGUGACCAUGUUCGAGGACAGGUGCCCCAGUGUUAUUUAGCCUAUAAGCGUCACUGCAGUGUACAAUACACUGUUUACACAUUGCAGUGCGGAAACCCGUAAUUAGUGAUUCCAGCAAAUCUCCUUUGGUGGGUUAAGUUAUAGCGUUAAUACAUAAGCAACAGACGUAAUGAACUGCCAUUUAUGUUAAAAUAAAUAUCAGGUUUUCUCAUUA